AAUCAUAAACGUCAUUCCAGUGAAUGAAGAGGUGCGCCUGUUCUUGUUGCAUUGAUAAAUCGUCGGAAAAACCUUGAACGAUGCGAAGAUCAUUAUUAAAUUGUGCUUGAAAUUCAGUAUUGUACCUAACACGCGUUUUCGUAAAAACAGUGGACUAGUUAAAUCGAUCAAUAAAAUAUUGCGGUCGCAAACAGUGGACAUGAGCCACCCUCGGAGUGAUGUAAACAUAUGCACGGCGGCGCAGUUGAGAGUGAUGCUACCGACAUCUGUGGAACAUAGUAUGCCUCCGCCGUUUAUCGAUAUAAAUAACCUUCAUGACAUACCACCUCCUCAAGCGGAUUUCUCGGCUCCACCGCCUUACGAUGUGGCCGCCAACUCCAAACUCCCCACUUACGAGGAGGUGCAGAGAGAAAAGCAGAUGGAGGGGGAAGAUAUACCUCAGAUGCAAGGCCCGCCUCAGAAUCACCCAACAUUCGCUGCGUUCGUAACGGUGGAGCCGACUGAAGGCACGGCUGAACAACUCGACCCGGAGAACAGUUUGCUCGGCACUGACAUUAUGUUCUUAACUUCGUUCUUCGUGGCAUUCCUAUUCAACUGGAUCGGUUUCCUACUGCUGAUGUGCUUCUGUCACACGGUUGCCAGUCGCUACGGUGCUCUCGCCGGCUUCGGCCUAUCGCUCGCCAAGUGGACGCUCAUUGUGAAGCACUCCACGGAGCUCGCGUCCCAUGAGAACUCUUGGCUCUGGUGGCUUAUUAUGGCUUUUGGUAUCUUAAUCUGUGUACGCGCUAUCAUCCAGUACCUGAACAUCAAGCGCGGCUGGCGUCUGCUCUCGGGCACGGCCCAGGAACGACUGCUCUUCUUCUACUAAACGCACCGCUUUCUGUUUCACUCACACCUGGCAUAUGUAUGGCUGUGCGACAAGGAUAGACAUAUUUUUCUCAGUUUCACGACUUCUCAAAUCAAGCAUUAUGGAGAUUCAAUAUUCAGAUCAUUUCGUUAGUCGUUGUAAUUCGGAAGAUGUGUCUACCUUUAAAGAUUUCUAUAAUAUCAAACAAACUUGAUUGUUCAGAUCAUGCUUGGUAGAUAUUUAAGGUAUCAGUAGACGAUAUAGUUUAGUUCUAAAUCCUCGUUAUCACACAAAUACGCAAUGAUUAAAUGAUACAGAGUCGAUGACAUUCUGUACACAUUGUUGUACGCAUCACUGAGUUGUGUUUUCAAAGACAUGAUAAGCCAAUAUUAUACUAGAUAUAUCUUUAAUUUAUUAUUGUAAGUAGCUCAGCUUUAGUGUUUAUAUUUGAGCAGAUAUUUUUAUAUAUGCAAGUUUGAUCAGUUUGAUCGAAAAUAGGAUUUAUUCUCACCGAUACGUGAAAUUCUACUAUUGGGUAUAAUUAAUUAUCGGGUACUUAUUUUGUAUAAUAGCACUAAUACUGGGUAAAGUAAGACAUUUAAUUGGACAAUUACGGUAUUAAGUUUAAUGUUAAAUGUAAACUCGAAUUAUAAUUUUUCGGUAGAAUGGUAUCAUUCCGUGGAUGUAAUAUGGCGUUAGUUAAGUGUUAGUUAUAUCUAUAUUUGUUAUAUUUCUAAGCUAAUAUCGCACCGUCGUUGGUCUAUCAUAUUUAUUUCAAACACAUGACACUUGCAUUUUAUGUAUUUAUUUUGCAAGCUUCGAUUUCAAAAUCAAUAAUCGAAGCGAACGAAAAUCAAAAAACUACUUAUUAAUGGUAAAAAUCAAAUAGGGCUUCUGCUUAUUUUUAAAGAAUAUUAUAUCGCAUUAAAAAAAUUGCAGAAAAGAAAAACAGUUUUACCUAAACAAGUAAUCUUUAUAAAUUACAUGUAAAUACACGUAUUAAGUUUCGACCAACGACGGGCGAUCGAAUAAUAAUAUGUCGUAAUGAUAACUUAUGGUCGAGAUAUUAAAAACUGCUAGUCUGUAUUUAAAUUCAUCUUGGUGGAAUAUCUUAAUAAUAUUUUUAUCUAUCAGCACAUUUUUAGUACAUUUGUUACGCUAAAAUGUUAGUACUGAAAUGUACUGAUAGAUAAAAUUAAUAAAAAAUAGGCAGUGUACAUUUUUACCGAACCCUCUUUUAUGAAAUAGUUUAUCCAAUUAUGAGUCUUAAAAAUCAUAUAAGAUGUGAUCAAAUCUAGUUGUUCUUUCAUAGGCUUGUCGCAAAAUACAUGAAACCUAUAAAAGUCCGAACUCUAUUUAAUCAAGGAUUGAGUACUUUGUUCGAUUCUUAAAGAAUGUAUUUCAACUGAAUUCUAAAUAAUUCUGAUACAUCAAAAGUACUACUUAGUUGUAUUUUUGUAAAAGAAACUUAUAAGUAUCUCUUAACUUGUGUUAAAAAUAACAUGCUUUCGAGUUCACCAUUUCUGAAAAAAGAGGGAUUCGGUAACUAUAACACAAAAGUUAUGGUUCUUGUAAUAUUCUAGAUAAUAUUAUCAUAUAACAAGUGCUUCAUGACUGUCUGUAUGUAGAAUGAAUGAGUUUCCUUGCAAAUGUUAGACUUUAUAAGUAAAAACAUCUUGAUUUAGUAAGAUUCACACAUUUAUGAACUAAGACCGCGACUUUUUCUAUUUCGCACCAAAAAUUAAAUGUCAAUGGGAGUUUUGUGAUUAGAUAACUUUAUUUUUAAUAUAAUGUUUUAGUGCAAUAAUGUCUAGUUCAGAGUUUCUAGUGGAAAUAAAUACGUUAUAAUUA